AUGGGUCCCUGGAGCCACCACAUCAGCCUCCGCUUCUCUGUCUCCAGCCUGGGCCUUCUGUUCCUACUCCUUCCAGAAUGCUUGGGGGUCGAGGGCAGGCUGGCUCACAAACUGUUCCGUCACCUCUUUGCCAACUACACAAGUGCCCUGAGGCCUGUGGCAGACACAGACCAAGCUCUGAACGUGACCCUGGAGGUGACACUGUCCCAGAUCAUCGACAUGGAUGAGCGGAACCAGGUGCUGACUCUAUACCUGUGGAUCCGACAGGAAUGGACAGAUGCUUACCUACGAUGGGACCCCGAUGCCUAUGGUGGCCUGGAUGCCAUCCGCAUCCCCAGCAGUCUUGUGUGGCGACCAGACAUUGUUCUCUAUAACAAAGCCAUGGGUCCCUGGAGCCACCACAUCAGCCUCCGCUUCUCUGUCUCCAGCCUGGGCCUUCUGUUCCUACUCCUUCCAGAAUGCUUGGGGGUCGAGGGCAGGCUGGCUCACAAACUGUUCCGUCACCUCUUUGCCAACUACACAAGUGCCCUGAGGCCUGUGGCAGACACAGACCAAGCUCUGAACGUGACCCUGGAGGUGACACUGUCCCAGAUCAUCGACAUGGAUGAGCGGAACCAGGUGCUGACUCUAUACCUGUGGAUCCGACAGGAAUGGACAGAUGCUUACCUACGAUGGGACCCCGAUGCCUAUGGUGGCCUGGAUGCCAUCCGCAUCCCCAGCAGUCUUGUGUGGCGACCAGACAUUGUUCUCUAUAACAAAGCUGACGCUCAGCCUCCGGCCUCAGCCAGCACCAACGUGGUCCUGCGGCAUGACGGCGCCGUGCGCUGGGAUGCGCCUGCCAUCACGCGCAGCUCCUGCCGCGUGGAUGUGUCAGCCUUCCCGUUCGAUGCACAGCGCUGUGGCCUGACAUUUGGCUCGUGGACACAUGGCGGGCUCCAGCUGGACGUGCGGACGCGCGGUGCAGCCGCCAGCCUGGCGGACUUUGUGGAGAACGUGGAGUGGCGCGUGCUGGGCAUGCCCGCGCGGCGUAGAGUGCUCACCUACGGCUGCUGCUCCGAGCCCUACCCGGACGUGACCUUCACGUUGCUGCUGCGUCGCCGCGCUGCAGCCUAUGUGUGCAACCUGCUGCUGCCUUGCGUGCUCAUCUCGCUGCUAGCACCUCUCGCCUUCCACCUGCCCGCCGACUCAGGCGAGAAGGUGUCCCUGGGCGUCACCGUGCUGCUGGCACUCACCGUCUUCCAGCUGCUCCUGGCAGAGAGCAUGCCACCGGCAGAGAGCGUGCCGCUCAUAGGGAAGUACUACAUGGCCACCAUGACCAUGGUCACCUUUUCCACGGCACUCACCAUUCUUAUCAUGAACCUGCAUUACUGUGGUCCCAGUGCCCGCCCAGUGCCAGCCUGGGCUCGGGCCCUCCUGCUGGGAUAUCUGGCACGAGGCCUCUGUGUACGGGAACGAGGGGAGCCCUGCACGUGGUCUAGGCCACACGAGUCAGCCCCCAGCCCCCAGCCUUCUGAGGCAGGGACUGACCCCCCAGCAGGCCCUUGCCAUGAGCCUCAGUGUCUGUGCCAUCAGGAAGCUCUGCUCCAUCAUGUAGCCACCAUUGCCAGCACCUUCCACAGCUACCGGGCAGCACAGUGCCGCCAUGAGGACUGGAAGCGCCUGGCCCGUGUGAUGGACCGUUUCUUCCUGGGCAUCUUCUUCUCCAUGGCUCUGGUCAUGAGCCUCCUGGUGCUGGUGCAGGCCCUUUGA